GCUGCCGCUGAAGUGGAGAACAACCGCAUCAAGAAGCGCAAGCUUGGAAAUGGAGUUCGUCGCAAGCCGGCUGCUGCGAUCGAUGGGGCCGAGGCUCACGCUCCCGAGGUCAAGGAUGAGCCUGGUCCGAAGCGGAAGACCCGUCUCAACAAGCUGUUGAAGGGCGGAUCCGGAGGGGCCACAGCUGUUUCCCCUCGUGCGAAGUCUAAGGCUGCAGCUGCCAAGAAAUCCCCAGCAAAGCCCCGUGCCGUGACUCCGAAGAGAAACAAGAAACUGCAGGCGGCACUGCGUGUUUUGCAGGAUCUAAGGGCUAAGAAGUUGCCCGGCCUCACCAUCCCCGCCGAUGAUGAGAUGAAGAACCAGAGCUACACGGUGUACUUCGAGGGUGCCCGGGCUCCGGGGAAAAGCUCCAUAGGGAUCGGAAAGGAGGGGCUACGGUUCCCUGGCAUGCCUUUGAUGCUGGCAUCGCUGCUGCGUGGCUUGGUACCGGACAAGGAGCUGGAGCCGGGAAAUCCGUGGAGUGCACUGCUGCAUCGGUGUGAUGAGAUUCACUUGAUCGACUGCAGCGGAGCAGCCAUCGCCCGGGACAUCGUCCAAUGGUUCGCGAACUCGUCGAGGAUUCAUCUCGUGGAUUACAUGACCGAGUACUUGGACCGAAGCAACAUCAAGAAGCACAGGGAUCUAGAUGCUGUGGAGAUGUUCUGUGGGGUUGCCUCCAUAACCAGAGCCUUCCGAAAAAAUGGUGGCAAGGCGCAAGGCUACGACCGUGGCCGGGAUGCUGUGCUGGAGGACCUCGGCAACAACCAAGGCUUCUUUCGGGCCAUGUCUUUGGUUCUACGGUUGAAAGCUGGGGGCCUGCUUUUUGCAGGGCUUCCAUGCAACAGCUUUGCUUUUAUGUCAGCGGGGAGCCACCAACGAACCCCCGACAACCCGAUGGGCGCCAACCACCCGUUCGUGAUCACCGGAAACCUCCUGGCGUCCAGAAGCUGCCUUCUGUUUCUAGUGGCAUUGAUCAGGUCGACAUGUUGGGCAUUGGAAAACCCCGCCCGUUCCCGUGUCCCACUGUUCCCUUAUAUGGAGAAGAUGAUGAGCCUACCAUUGUUUCGGCAUGCUUCCGUUUUCUGGUGGUGUCCUCAAUUGUUUCUGAGCAGUCGUGGUCAUUCCGAAACACACAAAGCCACCCUAGGCAUCAUCAACUGCUGA